AUGCGGCGCAGCCCCCGUCCGGGCUCGGCCGCUGCCCCGCACAGGCACCCCCCCAAUUUCUACAGCGACAACAGCUCAGUGAGCGCUACCUCGGGGGACAGCCAAGGGCACCGGUCCCCGGGGCCGGGGCCCGGGGAGCCUGAGGGCGGAAGAGCCCGGGGCUCGAGCAGCGGUGAGCCCGCCUUGAGCUCAGGAGCGCCCGGAGGAACCGUGUGGGCUGGAAGCUCUCGGCAGAAGCCGGCGCCCCGGAGCCACAAGGGGCCGACGGCCUGUGGCGCGGCAACCGUGAGGGGCGGGGCCUCGGAACCGGCUGGGUCUCCUGUAGCCCCUGAGGAGCAGCUCGACCUUCUCCCCACGCUGGAACUGAGGCAGGAGAUGCCUACCUCUCGGGUGUCCAAGAGCAUCCUGAGCCAUCUCUUCCAGGUCCCAAGCGUGUUGUUAUGCUUGUUAGGAGAUGUGCUGGUCAGUGUGUACAGGGAGGUCUGUUCCAUCCGCUUCCUGCUCACGGCUGUGUCACUGCUGAGCCUCUUUCUGGCAGUGCUUUGGUGGGGGCUCCUGUAUCUAGUCCCUCCUUUGGAGCAUGAACCUAAGGAGAUGCUGACUAUGAGCGAGUACCACGAGCGAGUUUGCUCUCAGAGGCAACAGCUGCAGCAGCUCCAGGCUGAGCUGGAUAAACUCCUCAAAGAGGUGGCCAGUAUCCGGGCCACCAACAGCGAGACAGUGGCUAAGAUCGUUAUCCAGAGGCUGAAUGAGGACUUCGUGCAAAAACCCGACUAUGCGCUGAGCUCUGUGGGAGCCUCCAUUGACCUAGAGAAGACAUCUCACGACUACGAAGACGUGGACACUGCCUACUUCUGGAACCGCUUCAGCUUCUGGAACUAUGCAAGGCCCCCCACAGUUAUCCUGGAGCCAGAUGUGUUCCCUGGAAAUUGCUGGGCGUUUGAGGGUGACCAGGGUCAGGUGGUGAUCCGUCUGCCAGGUCGUGUGCAAUUGAGCGACAUCACCCUGCAGCACCCACCCCCCAGCGUGGCGCACACCGGGGGAGCUGACAGUGCUCCUCGUGACUUCGAGGUCUAUGGUCUCCAGGUUGAUGAUGAGACUGAAGUUUUCUUGGGGAAAUUCACCUUCGACGUGGAGAAAUCUGAGAUUCAGACUUUCCACCUGCAGAAUGACCCCCCAGCCGCCUUCCCUAAGGUGAAGAUCCAGAUUCUAAGCAACUGGGGCCACCCUCGCUUCACAUGCUUAUAUCGAGUCCGUGCCCAUGGCGAGCGAACCUCAGAGGGGUCAGGGGAGAAUACCACAGGGACCACUGGUGGCGCCCAUUAAACAACUACUGGUUGGAGUAGUGCGAAGGUCUGUGCUGAACUGGGUCAGUGCCACAGGGGAAUUGCUCUAUCGAAAAUCUUGGCUGCUUGAAGCAUCUAGAUAUAGAGGCUUUCCACAGCACCCCCCUUCCUUGGAGAAGUCCAGCUUAAUAUCAUAGGAGCUAUUCUCACUUAAG